CCCGGCAGCGCCGAGGACCUCGCGGCCGUGAUGGAGGCAGCCGGCGUGACGCCGCCCGGCCGCGGCCACCAGCGCAACCACAGCGCCACCAGCCUCGGCAUCAGCAGCAACCACAGCGUGUCGCUGGCCAGUGUCAGCAGCGAGGGCUCUGCCGACUCGCACCUGGUCGAGCAGGAGGACAUCGUCGCCCUGACGCACGACGUGCGUGCCUUCAAGGAGGCGCUCGGCAAGCUGCGCCGCAUCUUCCACCCGGAUAAAGAUAAGCAGGAGACACUGCGCGUGGCGGCGCACGAGCGUCUGGGCGAGGUGCUGCGCAUCCUGCGUACCGUGCUCGAGCGCUACGCCCCGCUGCAGAGCACCGAACUCUUCAUGGCCGCCGGCGCGCUUAUACAGCAAGUCAAACAGCACGGCUACGAGGACGAGAAGGCGGACCCCACCGAAUUCUUCGAGUCCAUCGACCAGCUGGCUCUGGCGUUCAGCAGCCGGGUGUCGGAGUACCUGAUGGGCGACCUGGACUCGUCCUCGACCGUGCUCACGUCGUCCUCGUCCAAGGCCAAGUCGUGCGAGAACCUGGCGUCCGACGCCGAGUCGGCCGUGGUCGAGGCGCGAGACGAGUGCGGCGCGGCGAGCCAGCUGUCGGCGCAGCAGCUGGAUGCCACGCUGCACAGAUUGGAUCAGGGCGUGGAGGUGGCGCUUCACCGCGCAAAGGUCUGGUCCAAGUACGCCAAGGACGUGCUGAGCUACGUGGAAAAGCGGACGGGCCUCGAGAUGGAGUACGCCAAGAACGUGGCGAAACUGGCGCAGACGAUGCGCUGCGCGCUGAAGGAGGAUAGUUUUCUACCAUUCCAAUCGAUCUACUGCACGGCGCUGGACCAGGAUCUGGAGAACUCAGCAACGGUCCAGAGCACGUGCGCCCUCUUGCAGGGCCACAAGUUCAUGGAGCCGCUGGGAGCGCGCCGGAACGACCACGAGCGCAGCAGGAAGCAGAUCAAGGAGCUGUGGCACCGUGAGCUGAAGCGCAUGCACGAGACGGUGGCCAAUCUGCGGAAGGCCAAGAUGAUGUACAUCCAGCGCCAGCAGGAGUACGAGCGGGCUAAGGAGGUGGCGCUGCGGGCGGAGGCGGGCGAGCAGACCGAGGCCAGCCGGACUGAGAAGAAGCGCCGUCUCGAGGAGGACGCCCUGGAGAAGGCGCACCAGGCGGAGCUGCAUUACCGCGAGUGUGUGCGCGAGGCGAACGAGCGUCAUGCCACGCUGCAGAAGGUGAAGGGCGAGGUGCUGACGCAGGUGCGGGAGCUGAUCCUGCAGUGCGACCAGACGAUGAAGGCCGUCACUGCCAGCUACUUCCAGCUGCAGCACACCACCGCCGCUCCCAUGCCCGUGCAGUUCCAGACGCUGUGCGAGUCCAGUCGGCUGUACGAGCCGGGCUCGCAGUACACCGAGUUCGUGAAGCGGCUGCUGCCCGCCUCCCGGAGCCACAGGGAUGUGACGGCGGCGGCGCCGGCCGCUCCCGCCGCCGCCGCCCCCGGCCCCUUCCAGUUCGAGCCGUACGGCGGCGACGAGGGCGCUCUGGGUCGCGACAAGAAGAGCAACGGCCAGCUGGUGACGGACGACGCGGCGCGGGUCUCAGACACGGGCGGCAGCACGAACAAGCUGGCCAAGCCGUGGGCGGCGGCGGUGCAGGCCGCCUCCGACACGGACAGCGUUGACAGCAGCAACAAGUCGGUGGACACGUCGCCGACGGCCAGCCCGGUGGCGGCGGAGCGCCGGCUGACCGCCAGCAGCGGCGACGAGCUCGAGACGGAGCAGGAGACCGGUGAGGAGACCGAUGGUUAUGUCACGCGGCGGGCGAUGAGCAAGGCGGCCGUCACCCACCACUUCCGCAAGCUGAUCGCGCCAUCACGCUGCAGGGAGUGCGACUCCUACGUCUACUUCCAGGGCCUGGAGUGCACCGAGUGCGGCCUCACCAGCCACAAGAAGUGUGUGGAGACGUUGGCCAUCCAGUGCGGCCACAAGCGGCUGCCGCGCAAGAUGACCACCUUCGGCGUCGACCUAUCGCAGCACCUGGCUGAGAGCAACUCGCCCAUACCGCACCUGGUCUGCAAGUGCGUGGCCGAGAUCGACCACCGGGGCUCGGCCAUCAAGGGCAUCUACCGGGUGUCGGGCGUGAAAUCCCGCGUUGAGAAGCUGUGCCAGGCGUUCGAGAACGGCGCCCACCUGGUCGACCUCACUGACGUGCACCCGAACGUGAUCGCCAACGUACUGAAGCUGUACCUGCGCCAGCUGCCCGAGCCGCUGCUCUGCUUCCGACUCUACUCCGACUUCAUCCGGAUCGCCAAGGAGCACCCCUCCAACGAGGUGGACCUGGCGACGGCGAUCCGUCAGUUGCAGGCGCUGUCGAAGCGCCUGCCGCGGCCGCACUUCGUGACGCUGGCCUUUCUCAUGCACCACCUGCACCGGGUCAGCCGGGGCGCGGCGCACAACAACAUGCCGCCCUCCAACCUGGGCAUCGUGUUCGGCCCGACCCUGCUGCGCACGUCCGAGGGCAGCGCCUCGCUCAGCUCGCUGGUGGACACGGUGCACCAGACGCGCGUGAUUGAGCUGCUGGUGAGCCACGUGCACGACAUCUUCGGCCCGGUGGAGCUGGUGACGCCGGCCGACUUUCCGCACCAGUACCGCACAUCGACACGCCGCUCGACCAGCCGCCUCCAGGACCGGCGCAGCCGCGAGGAGGCGCCUCCUCUGCCAGAAGAGCUACUGGCUCAGGCAGCGGGAGAGACGAGCCCGAACGGUGAGCCUGCCGUCGGGGCCGGCGGCGGCGGCGGCAGCGGCGGCGGCAGGCCGCGCAGCCUCAUCUACCGAGGCUCGCUGCGCGACUACAUGGGCCUCGAGUGCGCCAGCGUGUCGUCCGUGUCGUCCAGCAUCGAGAAGAGCGCUGCCGACGGGCGGCUCACCUCGCAGGAGAGCGACGAGCUCGAGGCGGCCGGCACCGCCGACGAGAAGCCGCCCAUCGUCAAGGUCUGCCUCAAGAGCUACAUCGGCCUCGAGUCGUUCCAGAGCCAGAGCUCGCCGAGCCUGCUGGCACCACCAGACAUGGGCUCGGCACACCCCAAGCUGCGCAAGUCCAUCUCGGACAACAGCGCCGGCUCCCUGUCGCCGGUGGACGGCGGCGUGUACAUGGGCGGCGAGUCGGGCGCCGCGGCACCGGUGACAAUGGCUGCACCGCUAGCGGCGCGCCGGCGACGCACCGGCGGCGCAGCGGCACGCAUGCGAGGUGGCGGCAGGCACUAA